AUGAGGUCCAAGGCCAACGGAGACACCGCGUUCAAGGCCUCCGGCAAGAACAAGACGGCCACCGGCGGCGUCGCCAAGCCGAAGCGCGCCCCCACCCCCUUCUUCGCCUUCCUGGCUGAGUUCAGGCCACAGUACAUGGAGAAGCACCCCGAGGCAAAGGGCGUCGCGGCCGUCACCAAGGCGGCUGGGGAGAAGUGGCGCAGCAUGUCGGAUGAGGAGAAGGCAAAGUAUGGCGGCAAGAAGGCAGAUGCCCCAGCAAGCAAGGCGGUGAACAAGAAGGAGAGCACCAGCUCCAAGAAGACCAAGACUAACGCUGACGAAGAAGGUUCUGACGUUGAGGAUGAUGAGGUGAGGAUGAGGAGUAAAUAG